AUGGAGUUUGUGAAGAAGUGGAAGAGAGUACUGGGAAGAAGCAAGAGAUUGUAUCCGGAGAACAGCUUAAGUGGAAGCUAUGGCAGAUUGAGAAAUGAAAGGCAACAUAGGAAGAAGGCUUGUGUGGCUCCACAAGGUUGUCUUUGUGUCUACGUUGGACCCGAGAGAGAGAGAUUCGUUAUCAAGAUCGAGAUAGCGAACCACCCUUUGUUCAAAGAGCUUCUGGAUGGUGCUGAGAGAGAAUAUGGGUAUAGAAACGAUGGUCCCUUGUGUCUCCCUUGCCAUGUUGAAUUGUUCUGUGAAGCACUGACGGAGAUGGAAAUCGGCACCGCGGAAGAAGGUGUUAUGGGUUCUCGUAGUUACAGGCACAGUUCAUGUUCAGUUUCUGAUACCAGAUGUAGAUAUUCGAGAGGGUCUUUCUCUGAUUGUUAUUAUGAAAACCUUGUGAAUUGA